UCUUUAGCACAGCCGCAGAUAAGCGUCUCUGACGGAUCAGGUCCUCCGUGCUGCGACCUGCUCUUCCCCCGCGGUGUUCCGCUGACCCUCGCGUAAACACUACCUUGUCCGAAUCUCAAACAGUCCAAGUGAUGGGGGAAUGACUACAACAAAAUUGCCGCCUGCGGUUCUCCGUCCCCGAGAAGAUACCGAGGAUGCUGCUGCUCUCCAGCCCGAGGAGCGGACACCCUCGCCGGGCCUCGAUGCUGCUGCUGGCUGCGGUGCUGCUGUUUGCGGUUCCAGCCAUCGCUAGCUUACCAGCUGCCAGUAAGUGUCCUUAUCUUGACUGUGUCAAAGUGGGACGUCAGACCUGCCAAACAGGCUCCUCCCACUGUGGCCCCUGCAUCUCUGUAAUGGAGGAAGACCAGCAAGGCCGCUGUGUGAUCAAGAGGAGGCAUCGUCAACAUGGUAAAACUCAUAUCUAUCCUGACGUGGACCAGGAGAUUGACUACAUCCAUUCCUACAUCGAAAAGCAAGAGAUUUCAUCAAAACUAUCCAAACAUCCUGCUGUGGAUGACAGGAAAACCAAGACAGAGGCCAGAGAGAAAAGUGCUAGUCACCCCUCAUCUGAGAGCCAGAAUGCCACCACGCCAGACCCGGACGAUGCAGCUGCGGUUCUGACCAACACUCCGGCCCCUCAGCCCAGGGUCACGGGAGACGGCAGAGCUGGUCCCAUUGUCGCACCGUCAGCCAGAAAGGACCAUGUCGUAGUCAGUUUGAUCUCUCUGUGUGUGGGAGUGGGAGCUCUGGCUGUGGUCUUAGCAACUGUGUGUUACGUCAAGAUGCAGAAGAAGUCCCACCUGACACAGAAGGUAGACUAUCCUGCCUACAGCCGGACUGGUGGACCUGCUCUUGUGAACGGAGCCUCGAUGGGAGACAAAACUCUGGCCCAGAAUGCUCAGAUGUAUCACUACCAGCAUCAGAAACAGCUGAUGCUCUCCCUGGGGAAUCACAAACCCGAACAAAAAGUACUUGACACAGAGGUGACCUCAGAUGAAGAAGAAGUUGGUGGGGACUUUACGGUGUAUGAGUGCCCCGGACUGGCACCGACUGGUGAGAUGGAGGUGAAGAACCCUCUCUUCGACGACUCCACCCUUCACUAUCAGGGGAAUCAAAAGUGAAGACACACAUUUUCCACACUGCAUGCAAACAAAUGAGCGAAGGGAUUGGAUUCAUGGUUGUUUCUGUUGACCCUUUAAAUAACCGUACUUUUAACACUCGUGUUUGUUUUAUUUCUCUGUCGGCUCCUGGAAAAGAAAAGAAAACCUCUUCAGUCUUCACUGUUGCUUUUGUUGUGUCGUCUUUGAACGCUGGAUAUUCUUUCCCUGAAGCUGUUCUUGAUAUCUCGCCAGCGUGCUCCAAAGAAUGUAGCUGACACAUCAUUACACACGAGUAAGCCGACAAGCUGGUUCCCCGUUGCUGCUGUUUUUACUCAUCCACAACCUGUAGAUGGACGAGGAAUGUCGCUUCAACGCCCGUCUUCUGUGGCUUGUCUUUCCCGUUAGGAGCGGCCUGCCUUCAUCCAGCUUGGUCUUCUUCAUGAGUCACACAUGUCCUGCCCUGCAUCCAUGAAUCCUCUUCUUCUUUUACCCCCUACUUUGCAUCUAUAAACUCCUCGGUCUCUCCUCGGUGCGGGCUUGUGAGCUCCCUCACCUCUCUCUCUCUCUCUCCAAGCUUUUCUACCUGGGCCUUGAUCAUGUCUUUUCUAGUCCCUGCCAUUGAAACCAGCCUCUUUACCUCCCGACUGAUCCCAGAUACUUGAACCCAUCUCUUCUCACUUCCUCUCCUUCUUCAUCUUCACCCUCCUUCCUCUCUCACUCAGCCGUACUCAUUCUAUCAGGUUUCUACUCGAAAUUCUCCAGCUUCUCCUCCACCUCCUCUUUACUCUCAGUACCAGUCACUACAUCAUCUGCUAACAACAUGGUUCAUGACGACCCCUUCUGUCACUCCUUUCAAAUGUCAUUGAUGUUGCAAAGAAUCAUUUCUUGUCAUAUAUGCUGCAUAAGUAUAUGAAGAUUUUAAGACUAUAUAAAUAUAUUAUAUUGAAGUUCAAGUGCUUGAUGGCGUCUGUUGCAUGGUUAUGGCCGUGUCGUGUUUAAUCAUGGCGAUGCUUGGAGUUGUUAUUACGCCUCCUCUGUGUUUGCAUUAUGUAGCUGGAGGAGGAACAUACAGUGCAGAUGUGACUAUUGAGCUUUCCAGCGACUUCUCAGAGACGGACCUAAGUGAUAGAUGAGUCAGUUUCACUCUCCUGUGUCGUCCUCACUGUCUUCUCGUCGCCCCCCCGAUGACCUCCCGCUGCAAAAUGUACAUAGAAAGAGUGAAAGUAUUCACCUUUUAUAGAUAUUUGUACAUGCAGACCAAGGGCACGGAAUAAAACUUUUUACCAUGUCAAA